GACUCUUAUGUGAUCGAUGCACCGGAAAGGAUGUGGAUGUGAUGCUGGUUGCGGAGAACCUUUCAACUAGCAGAAGCACAACUGCAUUUCUUAUCACACACUUAGUCCACCAUCACCUCAACUUUUCAAGUCAUACAAGAAUGUCAAAUUCCCGCAACACGAACUUAUUCAUGAAGUCUGUGAGUCGGUCGACUGUUGUGGGACAAAUCCUUCUUUUUCUAAUAUCUUCAUGACGCUUCAAUAGAGGAUCAAACAACCUUCAAUACCCACAUCACGGUCACAUUUGGAUGAGAUAGAUCUUGCGGGUCGAGAUCAAAUAUCAGACUAUUGCUCACUACUACUCCACCUUACGAUACACAAGAAAGAUCCUUGAUGAGAUAAAAAACGAUAAGGGAUUGAUUCGAAUGACGAAGGCUCAAUAAUUUAUAUACCAUCCGCCACAAAUUCCUCUUUCCCGUCCCCCCCAACAUAUAAUAAUAACGUAUCUGCAACAUGCGAUCUUCAAUAUUGGCUCCGGGCCUCUUCAUCCUCACGUCUUUCACACAAUCCACAAGUGCAUUGAAAGCUUUAUCGAAUUCGCCGUGUGCAUCGAAAUGCGGCAAUGUCUUAGGAGGAACCUCGGGAGAGAAUGAUAUCGUGUGUGAGAAUACGGCCUAUACAAGUUUGAUUGGAACGACAUACGCGGGUUGUGUGGGAUGUCAAUUGUCGAGCACCUUUGUUGACCCUUCAACGAACGAGACGGAUUUGGAAUGGGGCUUAUAUAAUUUGAGAUAUGCCAUUAGUUGGUGUCUCUUCGGCUUCCCAAAUAAUACAGAUGUGGAGGAUACGCCAUGUAUAACAUCUCUGUCGUGUGGUCCAAUGAAGGAUGCCAUGGAAUACGGAAAUCUAACAACAGAUGCCCAAACCGAAUAUGGUUAUUGUUCAGACAUGGCUACGAAUGAAAUCGCGGAAUGUCAGAACUGUCUUCAGAUCUCCACAGCAACGUAUUAUCUGAACAACUUCUACACUCUCCUCUACGGAGCCUGUGAUCAGCAGCCCGCACCCGGCUCAACAUUAUCCUUCCAAGGUUCACCCUUUUCCACAACUCAACUCAAUAUGACAUCUCCCACUCCCACCUCCGUAGCCGGUCAAGCCUAUACUGGACUCUCUCUCAAUGCACGAAUCGGAGUCGCAGUAGGAAUAAUUGUCUUAGCCCUCUUCAUUACCGGUUUCUGCAUCGUUUUCAACGGCCGCCGCCGCCGCCGUCGCAUUCUUCGUCAACAUCAACUCGAUACCGGCUAUGCAGCUUGGAAAAACGCACAUGACGUCGAUGGACUAGGCGGUCAUAUCCCUGUCAAUGAAGUAGAUAGUGCAGUCUCUAAUAUGACAUCUGGAUCAGGGGGAUUCUUUGAUAGUCCUAAUUCCCAAAAACCUCUACAGCCGAAUUAUUGGGGUCAGCAGCAACCUCAUGGGGGAAAUUUCAAUGGUCCGGCUGUCAUGUCGCCAAUUGAAGAUAGUCCUAUAACUCCCAUGGCUGAGAAGGUGUAUCUGUCUCCUUAUUCCUCACCAUAUAGUAGUCCAGCUACAGCAUCUACAGAUGCAAAUGGGAGGAGUCCGAAUAGUGAGCAAUGGCCCAUGGAUCGAAAGGGAAGUUUCGGGCAGAGCAGUUUCGGUCAAGGAGGAGGUAGUAUGGCUGAGAAACUUAAGGCUCGAGAGAGGGAAAGAGCGAGGAGGAAGAAAGAAGAGGAAGUUAUGAACGAGCGUAAUCAAAUCGAGUUGCAGAACAUGCAAAAUUUCCAGUACCAAAACGUGGCUCCGGUCUUGGGGCAUCCGGGCUAUGGAAGGGAUCGAGAUGGGGUGAGAGGAUUGACGAGUGAGGAUGCGAGGAGAGGUGAUGCGCUUUAAUAUUCACUCGGAUCUAGGGGUUUGAGAGGGGUGUCGUUGUCUGUUUAUUUUGAGUGUGGACUUUUUUUGUAUAUGAUUGUUUGAUUGUUUUAUUAUUUGAUGAUACCAUUUUUGCGACGGAGAGGGGGGGGCUGGACUAUUUAAAUCGUCCUGGAAGGAAGGAAUAAAUGAAUGAUGAAUUGUUGAUAUUGACUACACGGUCAUUUGGAAGGCAGAAGAGGAAGAAAUAAAGGCUACUCCAGCAAAAGAGAAAUUUGGGAGGAAAGAAGGAAAGAAAACUAUCGUCAAUGGAGAUUAUAUACAGGUGUUGUGUAUCUUACAUCACCGCACCACAAUCCAUCUAUCCACUCCAUACCGUGAAUGAUAAUAAUAACGACCUCUAAAUUUACAUCUCUACA